AUGUCGAUGGCUCGGGGGGCUACACCGCUGGUAAAAGGCGUAUAUACAACCUACCGAGAGCUGCCAUGCAACUAUAGAAGCUUCCUUGUUCCCAAGCCGUCGAAGCUCAUCCUAAACGUCACAGCUGUAUGCUUUUUUUUCAACCUCGAAGGAAGAAACGGACAACGACGGACUCUUGAUAUUGCAGCUCGUUCGCUUUUCAGUUCGAGUUCGAAAUACUUAGGAGUCGGGAGAGUUGUGGGCUUGUAUUUCGUUCUUUUCCUUCGUUCUUGGUGGCUCAACAUGGCUCAUCGUAUCCUAACUCAGAUUGUCCUCACCGGCACCAGAGUGUUUGGUCGAGCAUUUGCGGAAGCGUACAAGCAAGCGUCUGCAUCGUCUAGAUAUCAAGCGCAUGCACAGAAAACUGGCAGUUCCACGGGCGCAUUCUCGUCCUCCGGUUUGACACUGGAGGAGGCUUGCAAGAUCCUCAAUGUUAAGCCGCCAAUGGGUGGAGAGGCAAACCUAGAACAUACAAUGGAGCGAUUCAAGAAACUAUUCGACCUGAACGAUCCGAAGAAGGGCGGCAGCUUCUACCUCCAAAGCAAGAUACUACGCGCUCGCGAAAGAAUCGAGAUGGAGGUCAGAGAUGCAGCGAGAAAUGCGAAAAUCGAGAAAGAGGUGAAAUAA